UUGUUGUUUUCACUCUUGGUUCGGGAUCCGAAAGCGACGCGUUUCGAGCCGGAAGUUCCGGUUUAUCAUCAUCGGUGGCGCGAGACGUGCGAAUUCUGGCAGCUGCCACUACAUUGGCCCCAUUGUCAUGGACAACUGCCUUCACCUUUUCAAAAGGAGUGUGAAAUUUGGUAGCAGCCUCCUCCAGCCAAUCUGCAAUGUUUGUGGCUGUAUGCCUCUCCUCUAGAGGCAUUGUAGUAAGGGAGAGGGACUUCAUUUCCCAAUCAUCUCCCAAAAAAUGAUGUGACCCCCAGAUAAGCCUCUGUGGCCACACUCGUCCAAAUGUCUGUUGUCAGUGCAACACAGUCUGUCUCCUUAAGAACACUCUUUAAUGUAUCUGUUAUUUCUGAGUACUUUUGCUCCAUCAUAUUUGUGAAAUGUAUGUUCUUGAGGGAAUGGUGUAUUUGGGAUUGAAAGCUUUGAUCAUGUUCUUAAAUCCUGUGUCCUCCACCAUGGACAGUGGGCGCAUGUCUGUGAUGAGCAUAUUUAAAAUGCUGUUGGUAAAAACUGCAGCUUCUUUCACAGUGCAUAAGGGGCCUGUCCAGACAAAGCUGUCCAUGCGCCGCUGUGAUGUACUGUAGGGAAAAAAAAAAACAUUGAUUUGUACAACAAAUGCUAUAAACUUGCCCAAAAGUAAAUCUAUAUGCUAAUGAAUGUAGAUUUGUCCAUCUGUAGCAUUUAUUAUUACUACCUUAUGUAUGGGGAAGGUGUGUUUUGAGAUGUAACCUGUGAGUGUGUUUGUGUGUGUCUCUGUCUGUGCGCGCCACACGCGCGGGAGGGAGAGAUGAAGAGGGAUGAACUACAUGAGUGAGAUUUUGGGCUACCUACUGUAUGACGUGAAUCCUCCUGAGGGCUUUAACCUGCGGCGGGAUGUGUACAUCCGCAUGGCAUCCCUGCUGAAGACCCUAAGGCAGCGGGGCGACUGGGUGCUGGUUCUGCCCCCAUGGGGUCGUCUGUACCACUGGCAGAGUCCUGACAUGCACCAGGUGCAGAUCCCGUGGGCAGAGUUCUUCAGCGUCAGCAGCCUGCAGGCCAACAUUCCAGUCAUCGAGUAUGAAGAAUUCAUCGCAGAGUCUGGUGGGCCCUUCAUUGGUCAGGUGUUGGUGCUGCAGAACUAUGCAGAAGGCUGGAAAGAGGGAACAUGGGAGGAGAAGGUGGAUGAGCGACCCUGCGUUGAUCGCUUAACAUACAGUAAAGACGAACAAGGAUACUACAGAGGCUGGUUCUGGGGUUAUGAGGAGACUCGAGCUCUUGGUGUGACCUGUCUGUCUGUUCAGGGACACGCCUCUGUUCUCGCUCCUUACCUACUGGAGAACGUCACAGCCACAUCAGUGAUGUUGGACAGAGCUGAAACUCUCCUCCAUGAUCACUAUGCAGGAAAAGAUUACUGGAACACCCGGCGCAGUAUGGUGUUCGCCAAACACCUGCGUGUUCUUGGAGACCAGUUUAGAGCAAAAUACCUCAACUCCACUGAUGAACAGGACCACACACCCUACAGUGAGGACUGGACACAUAUGAGGGCUAAGUUGGGCAGUGCUAAAGGAGGCCCAUACCUGGGUGUGCACCUGCGCAGGAAGGACUUUAUCUGGGGUCAUCGUGAGGAUGUCCCGAGUCUGAAGGGAGCUGUGAAGAAAAUCCGCAGCCUCAUGAAGAAACUCAAGCUGGAGAAAGUGUUCAUAGCCACUGACGCUGAAGAUGAAGAGGUGCUGAAGCUGAAAAUGCUGCUGCCUGAGAUGGUGAGAUACGAGCCGAGUCGAGACGAGGUGGAGCUGCUGAAGGACGGAGGAGUCGCCAUUAUAGACCAGUGGAUCUGCACACACGCCCGGUACUUCAUCGGGACCUCAGUUUCGACUUUCUCCUUCCGCAUCCACGAGGAGAGAGAGAUUCUGGGCUUUGACCCUAAAACCACCUACAACCGAUUCUGUGGGGAUGCAGAAAAAGAGUGUGAACAGCCAACACACUGGAAAAUAGUCUACUGAGUUGGGAAACCCUCUCCAGCACCAGGUCGAACUCUGCUCCAUCACAGGAGCAAGGUUACAGACGGAUCAAAGCACGGCUGCCUCUACAGAUACUGAGUGUUCGGUGUUUCUCUACCAUACAGUGUUUUGUUUCAUGAGAAAGUAUUUUUAUGAAAUCUAGAAUUAAUGGCACCCCUCAUAAAGAUGAGUAUGACUUAACACGGUUAAGUCAUAUUUUGAGCUCUCACACACAGGAAUGGUGUAUGUUUUUAUUUAUAUGCAAUAUAUAUAUAUUUUUUUAAUGGGCUGAUUUUUCUUCAAAGAAGUAUUUUCAGAAAUUUUGGCACCCCUAUAUGAAAAUAAUAUAACUCCAUUGACCUUCCUGUAAUGAUUUAACGAGAUUCAGUUUUUUGUUUUGUUUGUAUAGUACUUUUAACAAAUGACAUUGUCAUAAAACAGCUUUACAGAAAUAUUUACAAUACUGUGCAAAAGUCUUAGGCAUGUUUAAAGAAAUGCUGUAGACCAAAAAUGGCUUAAAAGAAAUGAAAUGUUUCAACAUUUAAAAAAAAAAUACUAUAAAACAGUCAUCAGUAAGCCAUAAUAAAUGAAACAAAGUCAAUAUUUGGUGUGAGACGACCCUUUGGUUUAAAAAAAAAAAAUGGUAGUCUCAGGUACAACGAGUGCAGUUUUAUGAGCUGUAGGUUUUACUGAGCAUCUUGCAGAACCAGCCACAGUUCUUCUGUACACUUGCUUCGUAAUUUUGCACCAAAACCCAGUAGCCUUCAUUAUUUAUGUUCUCUUUUUUAAUCUGAAAAGUGCUCUCUUAUGCUGCUCAGAUUAAACCCCCCCCCCCCCCCCCCCAACACACACACACACACACACAUUUAAUUUUGUGCUGAGGAAAAGAAAACAAACAAAUGUUUGGAACUCUAAAAUGUUUUUGUACUGACUCCAACUUUGAGACGACAUGAGGAAGAAACCGUGUAUUAGUGGAUGAGUUGUUACUAUAGAAACAGCAAACCACAGAUUUCCAGUAGGAUUCAGAACCUAGAGACCAACACUCUGUUUACAUGAGCAAGCACCAAAGCGAUAGAUAUUUCAUUUUCUGGACGCGUGCGCAACACGGAGCUGUAAUUUCAGCAACAUUUGAAUGGAGAUUUUCUCAAUUCGAUGUACCUACGAGACCUAAUAGUAAAGCGACCGUCCUAAACAAUUGGCUUUAGUGGUAUGAUGUAUUAUCGGUUCCCCGUUCACAAGCUGUGAUUAGUUCCAAUUUAUUUUUUGACACAAAAAUGGAAGUAAACCUUGCAAUGUUUAUUUAAAUUUAUUUAUUUUUUAAAUUUCAUAUUACAGUAUCUGGUCAUAAGAAUAAUAAAGCAUGGAGGGAUGUAGCGGAGAGCGUUGGUGCCUCAAAUGAGAGUAUAUAGCGAGUUGAGCUCGCUCGCUUUGCUAAUAUAAUCCAAGAACAAAGCUAAUACGAAGCCGAGUAUGUAAGAUAUAAUGCACACAUGGUUUUCACCCUGAAUUCUGCAACUUUUGAUGCAGCAUUUCUGCACAAAAACCUGGUUGCUUCUACCAGGAGGUUAUGAUUUAACCAUAGAUUGAACUUGCAUCAAGAAUAUCAUCAUAAUGUCAAACAAAACUCAGUCAACACAAAUUGCAUGAUUUAAUUUGUAAUGCUUUAUGAGUUUGUUUAAGAAGCUUUAUGGAAUUCCAUCUGUUUAUUCUUAGAACUUGAACUUAACUUGACAGGCCACGCCCACAAACAAGCACAAUUUCUGUCCUGCUCCAAUUGCUGUGUAGAGAUGCAUUUCAGGGAUGUAUGUUUGCACUGGUGGUGGUGGUGAUUUUUUUUUUUUUGCCAGAUACAUCUAUGGCCCAGUCAUAACAUACUGGCUUGAAGCAACCAGGUUUUAUGGUGAAAAAUGAAAGCAGCAGGAUUCAUGAUGCAAAUAAUAGACGUAAAAUAUCCUUGUUGUGAUGGAAUGAAUCAGGUUUUUAAAAAAACAUUUUCUGUCCUUUUUUUUUAUUUCUUCAUGGGGAUGCAUGAUGGAAAGGGUUUUUUUUAAAUUAUUUUUGAGCACAGCUUUUAAAAGUUUGUGUUUUAAAUGAUGCUAAUUUUGUACUACGUACACAGAUACUCUCAUACAUUCCAUCCUUGAACAUGUUUGCCUUUGCCAGGAGGUUCUGACUCGGCCAUCGAUAAAGAUAAUGACUGCAAACACAUACUGGACAUUCAGAUCAAGGAACUCCAUAUGCACACAUUUUAUAUAUACAGUAUACACCAAUCAGCCAGGGGAAGUGAAUAAAAUUUGAUUAUUCUGUCCAUAUUCACUGGAUAUGAGCAAUCGCGCGCUCUGAUUGGCUACUCUACUACUAGGCUAUCAGCUCAGAUACCGUGAGUACAGAAAAAUAAAACGGUGGAGCGUGCUGCUAAACCAACCAAGGAUGAAAUUAAAACUACUUGAAAACAAAACCCCCCAAAAUAAAAAAAAAGCAACAAAAUAUGGAAUAAAAGUAUUUGACAGUAAGAACGUAUCUUUUUUUUAAUUUUUUUAAGAAUUAUAGCAUUUUUCACAAAUUGCUCCUGUCAUUUGCUUUCUUCAUUUUUAAGCAUUAAAAUUUGUUUAUAUUUAUUAUUAUUAUUUUUUUUUUAAGACUGGUUCAAAAGCUCAAAGAAGUUUGAAAAUUACAUAACUGAAAUGUGCAAGGAAUAAUUAAAUGUCUAAAGCUAUUCUAUACCUCGGCAUGACAGAAAGAUGGCACUUUAUACAAAAAACAAAACAACAAUACUAAAUUUAAUUAGUGCAGCCUUCGAUAGCUUUUUAAGAAGUCUGCCUAAGCAGAAAUGAUUUUGUCACGCAUUUUGCAUAGUUUUUAUUAACCACAUUUGCUAAAAAUAAAAAUACUGUGUUUCUCAAAAUCCAGUGAAUGUGGAUAGAAUAAGACAGUUCUUCCACUCAAUCUCAUUGUACAUGGCUUAUAGCCAACUCGAAGAUACAUGCUUCAUCGACUAUCAGCUCAUACAUGACUCAAUUUCGUGGAAUAACUGUUAAAUAUCUCAUUACAACGGCACCUGUAAAGGAGUGGGAUGUAUUAGGCAGCAAGAGAACAGUCAGUGCUUGAAGUUGAUGUGUUGGAAUCAGAAAAAAUGGGCAAGCGUAAGGAUCUGAGUGACUUUGACAAGGGCCAAAUUGUGUUGGCUAGAUGACUGGGUCUGAGCAUCUCCAAAAUGGCACAUCUUGUGGGGUGUUCCUGGUAUCCAGUGGUUAGUACCUACCAAAAGUGGCCCAAGGAGGGACAACCGGUGAACCGGCAACAGGGUCAUGGGUAUCGAAGGCUCACUGAUUCGCAUGGGGCACAAAGGCUAGCCCAUAUGGUCCAAUCCCACAGAAGAGCUACUGUAGCACAAACUGCUGAAAAAGUUAACGCUGGCUAAAACAGAAAAUUUGUCAAUAUUAACUUUUUUAAUGUUAUGGCUGAUCAUUGUGUAGUGUACAUGUGGUUUCACCUGAUAGGACUUUUGUCUGAAAUGUCCUGUUUCUCUGGAAACUCUGAAUGUUAAUCACAUCUACUAUGGUUAUUGAAGUAGUAUGAAUGGAAAAUCUGAACUUUUGUGUGUAAAAUGUAAUUAAUACAUCAUUUUUCUCUUGAAGUGUGCCAGUAAUUCUGGAGUCAACUGAAUAAUAUACUGUAGACUGAAACCAAAAACCGUGGCCUUGUUCUCUCAUCAUGUCUUAUGUGGUGGAUCAGUCCUGAAACGCUGUGGCGGUGAGACAGUGCCAAUGACAUGGUGUUUUUAAAUUGCAGUAUAAAAUAUGUACAGUAUUUUUGUGAAGGCGGGGUCAGCUGGGAUAGGCUCCAGCUUGCCUGCGACCCUGUAGAAGGAUAAAGCGGCUACAGAUAAUGAGAUGAGAUGAGAUGAGAUUUUUGUGAAGCAUGAUACUGCAUCUGAAUAUUUCAUGUCUGAAGUAUGAGGAUGUGCUCAUGAGUACUUUUUUCUGUAUCCAAAAAUAAAAGACAUGCACACA